AUGAAGAAGAGAGGUAUUCUGUAUAAUGUGUGCUCCUAUACAGCUUUGGUUUAUGGAUUUUGUAGAGAAGGUUUUCAGGAAGUUGCUCUGCAGUGUUUAGAUGAAAUGCAAGGUAAUGGUUGUAAGCCCAAUGUUAUAACAUACACUGUGCUUAUUAAAUUUUUUUGUGAUAAUGGGAGGAUUGAGCAGGCAAUGAAAAUUUUGACUGAGAUGGAAAGAGAAGGAUGCAACCCUGACUUGCUUACAUACAAUGUAAUUAUCCGUAAACUUUGUCAUCAAGGCAGAAUGUCAGACAUUUUGGAGUUCAUUCAGAUCAUAGAUCAAAAGGGAUUUUCUCCUGAUUCAUAUACACAUGCUGCCUUGGCUGGAGGCCUGUUAAAGGCUGGCAACAUUGGGUUCGCUUAUGAAUUGUUGUCUGAUGCAGUUUCUAAAAGCUGUAGUAUGGAUGUUGCUCUUUAUAACAUAUAUCUCCAUUGUUUAUGUCGCCUGAACAGAUUGAAAGAAGCAUUAACUAUGUUGGACAGAAUGAUAGAAGAAGGUUUUAUGCCUACUAAUGUGUCAUAUAACAUAAUUUUGGAUGGUGUUUGUAGAGAAAAUGGUGUUGAUGAGGCUUUAGAUCUCUUGGACCAUUUUAAGUGGGAAGCAAACUGGCCUGAUGUGGUUUCUUUCAAUACAGUUUUAUGUAUGGCAUGCAAACAGGGAAACUCCCUAAUGAUACCGAAGAUUUUAAAUCGAAUGGAGCAUGAAGUGAGGACUGUUGCCUUAAAGAUUCAAGUCCUGAAUCAGUACCAUUUGUACAUGGGAAUGAGCCUUCACAAGACUAGUACCAAGUUUGCUGUAAAUUGCUGUUCUGAAUUAAGCAAUAACAAUGAGGAGCUUUUGAAUUGUGCUCCUUGCGCAAAUGCUCAAAUCAGAUUAUUAGAAGAUGAUUAA